CAGACGCAGACGGGCACAGACUACUGUAGAGGUCAGGCAGGGCAGGGUAGGAGCUGCUUGCCCUCAAUGCCCUGUAGCUUCUCGCUGGUAGCCUGUAGCCGGCGCCUUCGUGCUCCAGCUGCUCCCGCCCGCCAAGCGUGCCUGCUCUCUCCGUGGACCGUGCUCCACCUUGCGUUGUUCUUAACUUAACGUGGUGCUGCCCGCUCCCUCGAUUUUCCCCAUUCAGCUCUACCUAACCUCUUUGCAGAACACGCAAAACACAAGAAGCUUAGCCUUUCCAUCCACACCACCACCACCACCAACAACAAUACCACCAGCAGCAGCAGCUCACACCACUCACCACACGCCCGUCAGCCCAGGUACAGACAGCGCCCUCGCCACGCCCGCCUGUCUGCCCAGCUCGGUGCGAUCAUCUCCUCCUGUCGCACCCGCGAGAAUUCAAAAAGCCUGCCACUCACCACCCACUUGGCACAUCCCAUUCCCGUUUGCAUCGCAUCGCGUCGCGUUGCUGAUCGGACCCCUCGCAUUCAUCGGAUCCAUUGUUUCCUAUCGACCAGCUGCCAGCCUGCUACCACCCCCGUCGCAUACUGGCCCAAGUCGUCACUGCCGACUACCCGCCCGCUUGGCACCUCCACAAACAACGAGUCGACUACUUCGGACAAAACUCUCGCCAGCCGAACACCUAACACCUCUCUGGGUAAUCGCGCCCCGCCUGCAACCCAAAGGAGCGUAGUGACCACGCACAAGACGUGACUUCACCAUGUCGGCCGAAGGAGUGGACCUCAGCAACACCAACGAUCACGAGCAGGAGGAGCUCGAGAAUGGCGCGUCCGAGACUCGUGGUAUCAAGCGACAGCGCACCUCUGCCGCCGCCGACGACGACGACGACGAUGACGACAAGCCCGGACGCGAACGUCGCAAGAUCGAGAUCAAAUUCAUUCAGGACAAGUCGCGUCGACACAUCACCUUCUCGAAGCGCAAAGCGGGAAUCAUGAAAAAGGCUUACGAGUUGUCAGUUCUCACUGGCACACAGGUACUACUCCUCGUCGUCUCAGAGACUGGUCUGGUCUACACAUUCACGACACCCAAGCUUCAGCCACUUGUCACGAAGCCAGAAGGCAAGAAUCUGAUCCAGGCGUGCUUGAAUGCUCCUGAUCCCGGCGACUCUAAUGGCGUCGAUGGAGAGUCCGCUGUCGACUCGCCAGAAGAGCAACAAUCUGCGCCGCCGCCGAUGCCGCAGGCCAUGCCUCCGCAAGGCAUGCAACAACGACAACCGCAGGCGCCAUACAUGACCGCCGACCAGCAGCAGGCAAUGCAAUACCAAGCUUACCUCCAACAACAGCAAGCCGCGCAGCAAGGCGGCGGGUAUCCCAUGCCGCCACAGCAGCAUAUGCAAUCUCGGGGAUAGAAGAGCUGAGGCAUACGAGAUACGCAGCAAUACCAGUACUUCCACCACAGAAGCCAGUUGAGUGCAAGACAUACGCUGGCUGAGCACUCGAAUAUCGUGGAGACAGAGUUGAUAACCGCGUGUUCCGAGAUGGUCUUCUGCAGACAAGAUGAGCAUACAAUCGGCAGAGCAAGAAAGAUCACGAAAGGACCAAGACACAAUAUAUUGGUGUCGCAGCGUGACAUGGGACAAGAAUAUCAUGGACAUGAAUACCGGCGACAGUUAUGAAGUCUGCAAUUGCGGGUGCGGUGUUAUUAGGGGCGGGGUGCAUACAGGUGUCAAUGGCGGACGGUGUACUGAUGGGUUCUGACCUUUCCGAAAACUCUUUUGCUACGCCUGCUACAUUGGUUCCGAAUCCUUAACCAAAAGCUACCGGCACUUAUGGAGUGGUCAAGACUUCUUACUGUGCGUGAGCCGAGACAGACAGACAUUCGCAAGAAAUGUAGAGUAUAUGCAACGCAGUCUGAUCAUCUCUCCUUUCCAAGUAACUUCUCCACUCCAUUACGCCGUGACUUUGUCCAGCUCCACUCGAUCGAGCUCAUGUCGGUUCGCCCAUGCUCGUACUGGUGGUAUUCGCCAUCUGGUAUUGCAUCACCCAUUGAUUUGCCCGUUCGCUCCGCGGCGGACUUGCCACCCGGCGGCCGCCGUCAUCAGACGCUGUGAACCACAAGUAUGUACCUCUAGGUACCACCUAUCCAUUGCCCGACCUGUGCAGCCGGCCUUGGAAGUCUUCACGUGCUCGUCGGCACCAACCACAAACUGAUCGAUCUUGCACAUCCAUUCCAUCCAUUCCUCUUCACUCAAACUCAGCAGCUUAACUAGAUACCUUAUUGACCUUCAUUGACCUUUUUGUUGGUUUCGUGAGCGCGCAAGUAGCUUGGAAAAUAAAAAGCCUUGGGAAAAGAGGUUUGGUUUGGUUUGCUUUUCUUCCAUGUG